AUGAGCCCAACUGAUCUUCUGCGAUUCUUGUCCAAGCCCGCGAACACUGUUUCUAACCAUACUGCUCUAGGCCUCGAUAACCCGACUCCCGUCGUCACCAGCUCCCACGUUUUCCAAUACCCUUUUUUUUCCAAGGCAGAAUUCUCGUCUGCUAGACCCGAUACUUUGACCGGUAUCGGUAUCUUCCAGAACGAGGGUACCGACUGCUAG